AUGAAGCUCACUGGUGUUCUCGUGUUGCUUGGGGCUGCUCUGCUCCUGACCUCGGAGGGAGAUUGUGGCAUUUGCCCAGCGAUAGUGAAGGAGCUUGAUCUUUUCCUUGGCCCAUCUGUGACUGAAUAUGUAAAUUACGUGAGCCAGUACAAGAACGACACUGCCACACUGAAAAAUGCUGAAAAUCUGAAGAUAUGUAUUGAUAACAAGUUGACAGCAGAUGACAAAGCAAAUGCAAAGAGUUUGUUG